AAACGUCAGCGUGAACUGGAGGAGAAACGUCGAUUAAAAGAGCAGCGCAAGGCUGAAGAAGAGAACCGCAGAAAGAUAGAGGAGCAGAGGAAGGCUGAAGAACAACAACGUUCCGAGGAAGAAGAGAAAGGGGGAGAGGGCGAGGGAAUUGGAAACGAAGAGGGACCAACAGGCGAGAGUUGCGAAGACUGCUCCUUGGUCGCAGUCCAACUCCACGGCUGGGAUGAGCCUUGCAGAGAUUCAGAAGGUGAGCGGGAGGGAAAAGGACGCAGGAUGCUUUAUACAGAUGCAGAGGCUACAGGAGCAGGAGAUGAUGCAGCAGAAAGAGCACGAAAAGAGUGUUAGUGGCCUACAUUUGAAUUGGGCUAAUAAACCAAUGGAACCUAGAAAAGUAAAAUCAUUAGCUGAAAUCCAGGCCGAAGAGCAAGAACGACUAGCUAAGGUAAAUGUUCAUUUUUUUGUAGCCAUUGCAUUCCUUUAA